CACUUGUAUUAAAAUCACGGUAAACUUAUAAUGCAUUUAGAGCCCUUUCUUGUUGUUUUGUUGAUCUUCAUUAUAAAUGAAGGUGCAUCACUCUCAGUGAAGGUUGAUAAUGACAAGGGAAUGCUGAAGAGUACCCCUGAUAGCCAAAAGUUCAAAAGGCAUAGAGAAAAAACGACAAGGAUGAACUUGGUUAUCCAUUACCUCAUGAGAUUUCUUAGCAGAAUGCGACGUAAUGGAUUAAUAGAGGACUUGAGACCACUGGGAGUGACUACAUUAAAAAAGUACACAAAGGAAACUGGGAAAAAGAAUAACAGGAAGAGGAAAAGGAUUGCCAGAGUCACCAGCAACUAAAUAAAUAAACAACAAAACAAUGUUAACAUGUAUUCAGUUGUAUUUGUAUAUUAAAAGAUGUAAAACUAUGUGUCAAGA